AUGCAAAAGGUAGUGGAGUGGCUGAUUGAUUGCUGCUUUCGGCCUCCACGUGAAGGAUAUGAUAAUGAACGAACUGCAAUUGCAAUAACAUCCGGAGAUUCUGUAUAUCUUCGACAUCCAAUCACAUUUCGAAAUUCAAACGGGAAGAAAUUAGUAGGAUCACUAUGGUAUGAUAAAGAUUACGAUAUACCUCAUUAUUGUCUUGUUUAUUUGCAUAGUUUAGGAUCAAAUCAAUUUGAAUCACUUGAUCUUGUUCCAUUCAUCUGCAGUAACAAAUUAGCACUUUGUUCGUUUGAUUUUUCGGGAUCAGGCAACUCCGAAGGUGGCUAUAUACCUCUUGAUGGAUCCGGAAUAGAAGAUGUAGAAGCUUGCAUUUCCGCCUUAACCGAAUCAUUCCAUUUUGAAAAAUACGCAGUUUGGGGAAGAUCCAUGGGAGCCGCAAUUGCUCUCCAUAGUGCUUCUGAAUUAGAUAAAUUUUCUUGCUGUGUUGCCGAUUCUGCUUUUAAAGAUACUGAAUCCGUGGUUUAUGACCAAGCACACUUAAACGGAAUUCCUUCUUUUAUUAUUCCAAUAGUCAAAAGAAUAAUUUCAAUCAAGGCAAAGGAAAUACUCGGAACAAAUAUUAUUUCACCUUAUCCUAUGGCCUCAUUACAUAAAUCAAAAACACCUCUUUUAAUAGGUCAUGGAAAGCAAGAUUCAUUCAUUACAGUUUCUCAAGCAAAUGCUAUCUUUGAAGUAUACGGAUGCGAUGAUAAAGCAGUUUACGUAUUCGAGGGUUGUCACAAUACAACCAGAUGCUCUCAAUGGUUUGAGCAUGCUUCUCGUUUUAUUCAUCGGAAACUUGGUUUGGAACCAAGUAAACGAUAUUACGAUAAUGUAGUAAAUAAUGCAGACAUACACUCCGGAACCAAAGGUGUUGUAUAUUUCGAUAUUAAUUGCGCAAUGCGCGAUUAUCGAAAAUUCAGAAAAAUAUCUUCUAAAUUAGAUGAUGAAGAAAGAAUUCAUAACUCAGAUGUGUCAACGGAUUUAAAAUCCGCAUGA